AUGGAUAUUCUUGGAACUUUUCCUGUAACCAGUUCUAAUGCCUGUCCAAAAGGUGAUGAUUGUCGGUAUCUGUCUGGUUGCUAUGAACGACCAGGGUCGCCAUGUUCCAAACACACAUUGACCUGUGAUGAAGGUCAAGUUAUAUCAAUAGAUGAACGGAACGAGAUACGUAAAAUACAUUAUGGUACCAAGAUCAACACGUCCUGUAAUACGCGUCUAGAUACCACCUCAUGUAAGGACUGGGAGUGUUGUAGGAAACAUAUAACAGAUCUAUCAUCACCUGUUAAUCUAGACUACCGAUUACAGGUUUAUAAAAACUGUUCUAAUAAACGUACCUGUAGCCUCACCUCUCCUUUCACACCUGGGACUGAUUAUGAUUAUAUCUACUAUCCUUAUAUAUGUAUACCAGUCUCUUCCAUAAAUAACCUGGCUGAGAUAACCAAUACAUCUAUAAACCGUGGUGACUAUUUAUAUAUUUCUGGUAAAACACCAUCCUUCACCAAAUGUUGUAAUAUUACCAACCAAGGAGGAAUUCAAGUAGAAACUCGGUUCAUUCGUUUGAGUGCCGAAUCUAGUAAAAGGGUUCAGAUAACACCAGGGAAACAAACCUUGUUCAGAUGUGGGGAAGAAGUUUUCAUUGAUGGAAGACAAUCAUCAGUUAUUAGAGGAAACCAGAUUAAUAUUGUUAUUGAUAAUCUACCAACUGAAGGUGAUGAUGUCAUAUGGAUAAAGAUCAAUUCAAGUUCAACAGUAACUUGCGAUGACUGCUCUAGACAUUUAGUUGUGAACAAUGAUGAAUGUCAUGUCGAGUUUGGUUGCUAUGGUAACUCUGGUACUGAACAUACACUGACAUGUGAUGAAGGUCAAGUUAUAGCAAUAGAUGAACGAAAUGAGAUACGUAAAAUACAUUAUGGUACCAAGAACCAAUCCUGUCCCUUUAAACUAAAUACCAACCAAUGUUAUCCUACACCAUGUUCUAGAAACAGUAUAAGAAACUUAAACGAUCGUUUAUAUAGACUUGAAGUAGAUGAUGAACAAUAUCGUAUGGAGGUUUACAGAAACUGUUCUAAUAAACCAAGAUGUAGUCUCAGACCACCAAUUAACAUCUCUAACAUAAUAUAUGAUUAUAUUUAUUAUCCUUAUACUUGUAUAUCAGUUUCUUCCAUACAUGACCUGGGUGAAAUAACCAAUACAUCUAUAAACAGUGGUGACUAUUUAUAUAUUACUGGUAAAACACCAUCUUUCACCAAAUGUUGUAAUAUUACCAACCAAGGACAAAUUCAGGUAGAAACUCGGUUCAUUCGUUUGAGUGCCGAAUCUAGUAAAAGGGUUCAGAUAACACCAGGGAAACAAACUUUGUUCAAAUGUGGGGAAGAAGUUUUCAUUGAUGGACGAUACUCAUCAGUUAUUAGAGGAAACCAGAUUAACAUUGUUAUUGAUAAUCUACCAGCUGAAGGUGAUGACGUCAUAUGGAUAAAGAUCAAUUCAAGUUCAACAAUAACUUGCGAUGACUGCUUUAGACAUUUAGUUGUGAACAAUGAUGAAUGUCAUGUCGAGUUUGGUUGCUAUGGUGAAUCUGGUAAACAACAUACACUGACCUGUGAUGAUGGUCAAGUUAUGUCAAUAGAUGAACGAGAUGAGAUACGUAAAAUACAUUAUGGUACUAAGAUCACACCAUCCUGUCCCUUUAAACUAAAUACCAACCCAUGUAAUCCUACAUCAUGUUCUAGAAACGGUGUAACAAAUCUAAACGGUCGUUUAUAUAGACUUGAAGUAGAUGAUGAAGAAUAUCGUUUGGAGGUUUACAGAAACUGUUCUAAUAAGCCAAGAUGUAGUCUCAGACCACCAGUUAACAUCUCUAACAUAAUAUAUGAUUAUAUUUAUUAUCCUUAUACUUGUAUAUCAGGUAACACGAGUACAGAUACUGACGAAGCAACCAUACCAACUGGUAUCAACAAUGGUACUGGUAUUAAUAAUACAGUUAACAACAAGGAUAACGAUGUUAAUACAGGGUUACUGGUUGCUGUUAUUGUUAUGGCUGCAGUUAUAUUAGCAGCAUGCUUGAUCGGUGGUAUUUAUUUCAUCAGGAGGAAACGAAAACAUAAUGAAACGACACAGGCUAUUCAAGAUACAACCAAUACCGAUGAGACAUAUUCUGGCCUGGCGAAUAGAAACGAACCAGAGCACAAUUAUUCGGGUUUAGUGAUCAGCAACUGACUUCACAUUGGGAAUGAGACGCUUGUCGAUGAUUAGAUCAUCUCCUGUUUAGCCAUAAUUUUUAAACUGAUUGGUGAACUGCAUAGCGUAAAGAACAAAGCGGCAUGUCUUAUGAUCCAUAAGUUGGGUCAAAUCACACCAGAUUCACAGUUUAGUUUAGAAUUGACUUAAGGGUUUACUAUGUAUCAGCACUUUAGCUCCAAUUAUCUGAACUUUUAUUAAUGUAUAUACCAAGUAGAAACUUUAGAUCAUCCGAUCAUAAAGUUCGUUUAACGCCAAAAUUAGAAACGCUCUUAAAUUUUGGUCAACGUUUUGUUACUGUCCAAUUCUCUCCUUAAUUCUAGGUUCCCAUUAUCACAAUUCGCGCUACGAUUAAAAUCGUGGUUAUAAUCGUUGAGCAAUCAUAGUGAUCCUAUUAGAUCUUAUCAGGUCAAUCGUAGCAAUCGUGUUGAUCUGCACGUACCAGAUCGUGGAUUUAAAGGACAAUAUUGGUGCCAGUCAUUAUCACAUAUGUGAUAGAACUGGUUAAACACG